AUGUCAUCCCUGGGCGGGGUUAUUCAAUACUUCGCGAUCUUGGCCUGGGUCGCUUUUGCAGGGUUCUGCUGGACCUACCGUAACAGAGGCAUCCUGUCUUCGUCUUCCGCAAAUGGGGACUGGAUACCAAAGCCCAAGGGUCAGGCCUUCAAAGGAAAUUCUCAGGAGCUCCAGACAAAAGGCGCUGCCAGCUGUAAGGCUUGGUACUCUCUCUACCAACGCUAUGGCCCGGCAUACGAAAUAACCGUUCCAUAUUUCCGCCUCCAUGUGAUCAACCACCCUCGGUAUCUCGAGCACAUCCAGAAGACGAACAGCAAGAACUAUAUCCGGGGCGCAUUCACACGAAAUGUCUUUGGUAAGCUCCACCGAUCGGGAAUCUUCGUCGCCGACGGUAAGGAAUGGCAGGCCCAACGUAAGGCCGCCACCCGAGCGUUUAGCAAGCAGAAUUUCGAGAGACAUAUUACCAAGUCUCUGCACCACUGGCUAGACAUCCUCAUGCGCCUUCUGUCUAAUCUGGCUAAAAAUGACACCGAAUUUGACUUCCAAGAGCUGAUGGGACGCUUCCUAUUCUGCAUCUUUUUGCGGAUAGCGUUUCACGAGGACGAGCUCGCUUUGGAUAUCAUGUCCGAUAGCCCUGAGAGUCUCAACUCAGUUCCCAAGUAUGUCGAGGCAUUCGAUAAAGCUACUCACUUGUUCGACAGAAGGCGCCGCGACCCCGUCUGGAAACUAACUGAGAAGCUCUCCGGGGAAGACAAAAUUACCGACCAGGCUGUCAACCUGUUUUAUGAGCAGAUGGACGCUCUCGUGAAGAAGCGUAUUGAAGCCACUGCAUCUGGGUACCAGUAUAACCCGGAAGGUGGUGUUGAUCUAUUGGAUCUUUUCAUGCAAUCAACAAACGACCCUUAUGAGCUCAGCGGCAUGAUAUUUGCAUUUCUAAUUGCAGGCCGUGAUACGACGGCGUACUCAACAUCCUGGCUGAUGAAGGAGAUCUUUCACGACGAUAACAAACACCUCGAUGCCGUUAACAAGAUUCGCGCGGAGGCGAAGGAAACAAUCGCUGAUGGUGGCUAUUUGGAGUACGCCAAUACGUCCAAAAUGCGAUUCACUCACGCCAUGUGGGACGAGACAGCAAGACUAGACACAGUCUCUCCAGCGGGGCAGAUGGAAGCAGCUGAUGAUGACGUCCUGCCUGCGGUUCCAGAGCUCAAUAUGCCACCACGGAAGAUUAAGAAGGGUGAUAUUGUCAGCUAUCAAAACUAUGUUCUCUCCCGCAUGCCCGAGGUUUGGGGAGACGACGCAGGCGAGUUCAAGCCGGAACGGUGGUUCGAUGAGGAUGGCAAGAGCAUAUCUUUCAGUCCAUUCAAGUAUCAUUCGUGGAAUGCUGGGCCGCGCAGCUGUCUAGGCCGACCACUUGCCACGUAUGAAGGUAUUUCUAUCGCGGCUGCCAUUAUACAAAGAUUUGAUGUCAUAAUAUCGGAUACGGGGAAAGUUUACGAGCCGCUUGCAGCUCUGAAUAUGGUAUGCCCAUUCCUCCCCAGCGUACAUAUGCCUGUUGAGAAGCAAGACGCAAAAUCUGUUCAUCCCUAA